CUCGACUAAGCUGUCGUUUAUUCGUAAAAGCCAAGGAGAGGACGAGAGUUAAGUAAUUAUAAUGCGUGAAUAUAAGAUCGUAGUGCUGGGCAGCGGGGGUGUAGGCAAAUCGGCUCUAACAGUACAAUUUGUCCAGGGAAUAUUUGUGGAAAAAUAUGACCCAACAAUAGAAGAUAGCUAUCGGAAACAAGUUGAGGUAGACGGUCAGCAAUGUAUGCUUGAAAUUCUCGACACAGCGGGGACGGAACAAUUUACAGCAAUGCGUGAUUUAUAUAUGAAAAAUGGCCAAGGCUUCGUUCUAGUAUAUUCAAUAACAGCACAAUCAACGUUCAAUGAUUUACAAGAUUUAAGAGAACAGAUCUUACGUGUAAAAGAUACGGAUGAUGUACCUAUGGUACUGGUAGGCAAUAAAUGCGAUUUGGAAGAAGAACGAGUGGUUGGUAAAGAUUUAGGGAAAGAUCUUGCAACACAAUUUAAUUGCGCUUUUAUGGAAACAUCGGCGAAAGCCAAGAUUAAUGUUAAUGAUAUUUUCUACGAUUUAGUGCGGCAGAUAAACAAAAAGUCACCAGAAAAGAAGCAGAAACAAAAGAAAAAAUCACUUUGUGUGCUUUUAUAAGAAUAGAAGAAAAAAAAAAGAGCAAAGAAGCAUAAAUAAGGUUUAAAUAAAAAAAAGGAACUAAUUAAAAAUGAUAAGAAUUUAAAAUUAAUACAAAAAAAAAUGGUCUUAGUAUCGGAAUAAAAGCGCGGUAUAAAUUUUUUGAAUGAAACUAUUACAAUUUUAGAAAAUAUCAAAUUGUUGAGUAAAAAUAAAGGAAAACAAAAACAAAAACUGUAAAAGCAACAAAAAAAUCCCCAUCGAUCCUACAUAAAUAUAGAAAAUAAAUAAAAUUAUAUUGGCUAUACACAACGGUUGAGUAAAAACAAUUAAAAGAAUGGUAA